AUGGGUUCAUCAACUUCUAAACCAGAGACUAAAGUAUUUACACCAGGUACACCAAUUGAUUUCUCAGCUUCAUUUUUAUCACAAUUGGAAUCCAGUCCAGAAUCAAACUAUUCCAGAGCUCAAUAUACUGAAAAAUAUAUUCAAGAUAGAGUUGCUUCAGAAUUGAAAAAAUUAGAAUUAGAAACAAUUAAAGAAUUUAAAAAGACUACAAAUGAUUCAUUAAUAAAUGAAAAUAAAAAUAAUAAAAAUUCAUUAUCUGUUCCUGAAUUGAAUGAAAAAGUGGGUCAAUUAACCGAAUUAUUGAAUAAAAAUGCUAAAUUGGCUAAAAUUGAAAUACCAAAUGAGGUACAAGAUGCUAGAAAUCAAGUUGUUGCUUGUUUGAAAGAAAAUAAAGGUAAACUGUUAAAUUGUUGGGAUGAAGUUGAAAAUUUUAAACAUUUAGUUAAAAAUUUAUAA